UUAUGUGACAUCAACAUGUACACCAUGAUCCAUUGUAGUUUUUUCAUCUUCUUCCUUGGAGGAUUAGCAACUAUUAGCUUUUAUAGAAACAACACUAGUCAAGGAGUUGCAGUUAGUAACAACUUUAAUGUUACUCCAACAAUAGCAAGCACCUGCGAUUUGUUCUCCGGCAGAUGGGUUCAUGAUAACAAGAGUCAUUACCCUUUGUACGAAGAACACGAGUGCCCUUAUCUCGACGAAAGUUACGCUUGCCAAACUUAUGGCAGAAAGGAUUUCAAGUAUCUGCAAUGGAGGUGGCAACCCCAUGACUGUGACUUCCCUAGGUUUGAUGGGAAAGCAAUAGUAGAGAGAUUAAGGGGUAAAAGGCUACUAUUUGUGGGGGAUUCACUAGUUAGAAAUCAACGGAAUUCGAUGAUUUGCAUGCUCUAUACAUCUAUCCCAGGGGUCAAGAGGACUGGUGGAGAACUUAUUGGUUCCUUACACACUUUCCGGUUCACUGACUACAAUAUCUCAAUUGAUUUCUACUGGGCUCCGAUGCUAGUCGAAUCUAAUGGCGAUAGCCCAACGGACCAUCUCACCACUUUUAGAAUUGUUCGAAUCAAAUCCAUUGAAAAACAUGCGAGACAUUGGGUUAAUUCGGAUAUACUUAUCUUUAAUUCCUAUCGUUGGUGGCGAUCACACGUAGUGAACUUCUUAAAGAGUGGUGGAUCUUUGUUGGAUGACCCUAAUAAUGUGUAUGAAGAAGUUAACAGGGUCCGUGCCUAUAAGCUGGGUCUCAAAACUUGGUCUAAUUGGGCACAUACCCAUAUAGAUCCUUCGAAAACCAAGUUGUUUUUCAUGAGUGCUACAGCAGUUCAUGUCAUGGCUACGGAAUGGGGAGGAAUGAGUACGAUGAACUGCUAUGGAGAGACGGAACCAGUAAUGGAUGACAGAUUUCGGGAAAGCCAAACCGAUCCGAAAAUGCUGAGUAUACUGGAAUCGUCGUUGAACAAGUUGAAAGCGAAAGGAGUGAAUGUGCAGAUUAUAAACAUAACGCAACUAACACAAUGCAGAAAAGAUGCACACCCUGCUCUUUACAGGAAACUUUGGCGUCCCUUAACCGACGAGCAAAAAAAGAACCCGCAACUUGCUUCAGAUUGUUCACACUGGUGUCUUCCUGGAGUUCCUGAUAUUUGGAAUGAGCUUCUCUUGGCUUACAUUUUUCGGUAACAAUAUCAAAGCUGCAGAUUUAACAAGUGUUAACAUAGGAAAUGAUCAUGGCUACAAUUGUCAUUUAUUUCAGGAUUGUAUUUUUCAUGCAUUUAUAUUACUUUAAACUGUUGUUUGUCUUUUUAUGUUUGAUAGGCAUCAAACCUAGAAACUGUU